AUGCGGUUCCUGUGUCUACACGGCGCCAGUACGAACAGCGAGGCACGUUCCCCUUCAUGCGUCAAACAUUACUCGGUACUCAAUACUGACCCAUCGCAGAUCUUCGAGAUCCAAACCGGCGGCCUGCGCCAGGCCCUCGCAGCCAAGGGCCAUGUCUUCACUUUUAUGAACGGCAGCCUCGACGCAAAGGUCGAAGCUGAACUAGAAGGCAUCGUCGAUGGCCCGUUCUACAACCACUACCCACGCUACCCCUCCCUCCCAAGCUCCAACCUCAACGAUGCAUUCGAACACACCUACCACACAAUCGCUGAGAAAGGACCCUUCGACGCUGUAAUGGGCUUCUCGCAAGGCGCAGCCCUCGCCGCUGCACUCAUUAUCCACCACUCGAAAGAAAACCCGACCUCUGCACCCCUCUUCCGCGUCGCGGUCUUUCUUUGCGGCGGAGUGCCGUGGGAGAGCUCGGGGAUAGAGCAAAUUGCGCCGAAGCAGGAUGAGUUCCCGAUUAAGAUCCCCACGGCGCACGUUGUGGGUAAGUUGGAUCCUCUUUACCCGGAGAGCAUGAAGUUGUAUGGGCUUUGUGAGCCUGCCAAUGCGGCGUUUUAUGAUCAUGGGUCGAAGCAUAUGGUUCCGUUUGAUCAGAAGAAUACGGAGGCUAUAGUUAAGGCGAUUGAGGAGACUAUUGCCAAGGCGAUGAGGGGGUGA